AUGACCAGCUCUGACACCGCAAGGCACAAAUUCUACGGGGACCCGCACGCCCUUCUGGCGCCUGUGUCGAGGGCAGAUAAGUUGAUUGUCCUUGGUGACUUCAACAACCGCAUCGGCACAGACCAUAUUGCCAGAAGAGGAGUGCUGGGUCCUCAUAGCCUCGACGGCUCCAAUGACAACGGCCUGCACCUUCUACCAACCUGCGGCGAACACCGGUUCACCCUAACGAACACCUUAUUCCGCCUCCCGAUGCGAGAGAAGGCCACCUGGAGGCAUCCUCGGUCGCGUCAGUGGCACCUGCUGGACAAUGUCCUCGUCCGGAGGCGAGAUCAGCGGGACGUGCUGGUGACAAAGGCAAUCACGGGCCCUGACGGGCGGACCGACCGUCGCCUCGUCAUCACGAAGAUUCGUAUUCGCCUACAGCCUCGCAGGAGACCUCAAGGUAAGCGACCCCCAACAAAGCCGAAUACUAUGUUUAGCCCCAUUUUCACUCCGCCGCCCAGCGCGCCCACGGCCACCAGUUCCAUCACACCCAGUGCAUCCUCCACGCCCACCACGCUCAGCCCUACCUACACCCCGUCACCCGCACGCCCACCACCACCACCAUUACCGUUGCUGAUAUUGACACCGUCAACUUCUCAUGUCCACCCUUCCCCCGCUCAUUCAUCCCACGCAUCGGCCUGGUCGGUCACUCGUGAGUCAAUCUCACAGAGACUGGCGAGCCAGUGCCUGGAGUAG